UUGCCAUGACGUUGAAAAGCUUUAUCCCAAAGAGAAUUCACUUUAUUCCUUUACUGUCAGUGGAAGUGCAAACGUGAGAGUCCGGUGAUAAACCCUUUAACGAAUAUGUUCUGGGGUGUUAGUCCUGCCCUUGAUCUUCAGCAAGAAUACCUCAAAUAUGGUGACGAAAACGCUUUUGAACUUAAUUUUCUCGUCAUAGGAGGAUGCGACGGCCGGCACCUAUUAAAAACUAUGGCCCAAGCCUAUCGGCACACAAGACGGUAUAUGAAUAUCUUUGUAGUCGAUGGAUGUUCCGAACUCAUCGCCAGACAAUUGCUCCUCAUGUCUUUGGCUUUCGAAAAGACGACUAGAUUUGGCUUAUUAGAAAAGACGAGACGUUGGCUGGAGGUUUAUGGAAACAUAUUGCUUCGGCCGCCUACAUCGAGGUACAUCAUAGCUAAAGCUCGACAGCUUGGAGGUAUGAUCACGAACCCUGAAUAUAUGAACUGUAUCUUACCGUGCGUUUCAAUUGAACAAAUGAAGUACCGAGAGCGUGAUUACUUGGAAAGUCUCUUCAAAUUUUGGACAACAGGUAAUACGAACCAAUUUAAUGCUUGUGAACUAUGGGAGCAUAGAGUGAGACACAGCCUCGGAGUAAGGUACGACAAUAGAGCGGGUGUUUUUGACUGGGAUUAUCAUAUGCGCUUGAAAGAAAGUGCAAGUCAGAUUUGCUUUCAAGAGUACAAGCAUUUUAGAGAGCACGGUGUAGCUUUUACGUGGCUGGAAACCGAAGUGUGUAGACCGAAUGUGACGCUCGCUGCGGGCGUAUGUAAAUGCGGAGACAGAUAUCUUCAUAGAGGUUAUUUGGGUGAUAUAGUAUCUUCACCUUACAUAGCAUUCGGGUUGGAUUGCGAUGACAAGGAUAUGCUUCAGUCCUCGCACGGAAUGAAUUAUAAAAGAGCGACAGAUAUUUCUGAGCGGAACGUGAUGCGUAUGCUUUACGAACUGGAGAAUCGCCAAAAGUUCGAUAUCAGCGCUAUGAAUUUGGAGAAGGAUAAGAAUUUGGGUAUGAUGGUGAUGGGUCAGUUCGAUGCGAAGAUUUCGGAGUAUGGCCCGGAGGUGCCGCUGCUACUCCGAGAAGAUCGUAAUACUUACAUCGACGUGGAUUACGGCAAGAUUCACUUUUUGUCACUUUCAGCAUUAGAGCAUUAUCCCCAUAAGCCUCAAUUUCAAGGAUUAUUCCAUGGUGUGUUCUUGGGACACAAUAUGGUGACACGCGUGCAGCCGAGUGUUUGGUCGAUGGCUCGCGAUAAUGCUAUAGUUAUAAUGGAGUCACGCAAGUAUAUGGCGGAGCUGAAGAGAGAUGACGUGAAGGCGUACGGGAACCAGAUCGCCCAGGUCGCUACCACAGCACAAUGUGACAAGAUUAACACGUUCGAUCCGCAGAAUGACGACUUUGCCAAGUUUUUAAUUAAAAGGAGAAGUGAAAGUACGGACAUUAUUACCAUAUAAUUAUAAUGUUCUGAAAUACAACUUUAAAACUGACCAAUGUUUUAAUUUCAUAUAUUUACCUAUGUGAAUGAAUAAUUGAAAAGAAGAUUUGUAAACUCUUAAAACUGAAAGAUCAUGUUUGAUAACUUCCAUUGAAAACAUGGCAUUUUAAGAAAUUUGUCUGACGUCAGUGUUAUACUUAUUUAUAGCAAAAUUAGCUAACAAUUUGACUACCAUAUAAGGCUCAAAACUGCGACUUAGGGAUCUCUCAAUAAAACAAACAUAAAAAUUUGUGUUCAUCUAUUUUUUUCAUUAAUAAUAUGUUACAUUCAUUUAGUAAAUCAUAUAGCAAAUAUAUUUACAAGGAAAACUUAAAACGGAAAAUUACAACGUCUCAUCGUCAUUUUCGUUUAAAAUUCGUAUUUUUAUUUUACAUAAUAUCACUUAACAUUAACAAUACUAGAUCAGUAGUCGGUAGUGAUGUACGGUUAUUGCGAAUGUUCUCAAUCGUUUUGAGGAAAUCAUGAUAUACAUUGAGCACUCAUAUCGAUCACGCCAUCGUCUCGUCCGCACACCUACACCUCACCACUAUCGCUAAUAUAAAACAAGUUAAACCUACAGAAUUCCAGAUUCCACAUUAAUUUUUAUACAGACAUCGCUAAUUCAAUAGUUCAUCGUUAUUCACUAUUACUAUAACUCAUAUUAAUUCUGUGAUAAUACUGAUCUGUGUUGUAAUGAAUUAUAUAAUUACAGUUCAUUAAUUUCGAGAAAUGGCAAUCUCUUCUUUAUUCAUUUGAAUUAAUCUAAUCAGAAAUGUAAAUAAUUGUAGAGCUAUUUAUUUCACUGAGAAUGAUUAAAUUAGCUUUACAUAAUCCUGGACUUAUACAAAAUAUUCUAUUAUCAUAAUAGUUAAAUCCAACUUAUUGUCAGACACGUUUUAACAUUAGCCAGAUGUUGGUGUGUAUUAAGAAACACAGACCAGUUUAAUUUACCCAGUGUUAUAUAUGAUUUUUUUUUUACAAAUUUGCUAGUGGGGCAUGUGAAUAUAUGCUUACAAUGUUUUUAUUUUUAUUGUAGUGACAUAUCUUGUAAGAAAACCAACAAAAUUAUUGCAAGAAGACCUACUGAACCUACCUAUAAUGUGCACAGACAGUACUUAUAUUAAAGGGCAUUUGAUUCUCUAACCAUGAUUUUGUGCACUUUCUUUUAUAAUGUCUUGCUAAUUUUCUUAUAUAAUUAACGUGUUAUGUAAUACAGUAUAACUCAUGUCUGAAGAUCGUCAUAAACAGUGAUAAGUGAUCGCUAAAUAUUUUUUUAUUCGAUUUACCUUAUCCUAAUUUACAUAUGCCAUACCCUCAUAUAACAAACAUUUUUGGUGUUCUUGAUGGAAGGGUAGCUCAACAUUAAAAUAAGAAAACCAAUAUACGGCACAAUAUACUGAUAUUAACUAGUUAUAAUUAUAACAUUAUAUACGCAGUAGGAUUGCGAACAUUCGCAUCAAACAACAGAGCACUACCGUGAGCAAUGGCGGUGUCAGGCGCCGUUCGCAAUUGACGUUUUAGGCCUACGCGUACAAACUGUGCCUGUGCCGCCGCGUCAAUGCAACAUCAGCCUUUCGCCAUCACAAUACGGGCCCAGUCGGUCGCACAGACAAGCUUGGAGAUUCGAACGCGCGCACGCGACGCCCACUGGGUGGCUUACACUCGCUAUGAAACUUGCGGAUACAAGAUUAAAAAUGUUGUAUAGAGCGGAUGGAGGUUAACCAACACCAAAGAAAUAGUUAGUUACAAAUCACGCUUAGCUUCUUUCAGACGCAACAUGGAGUCAACACGCUAAGUACGGUAUCCAUGCAACUAGUAUUAAAGUUAGGACACAGUUUGGCAGUAUUUCGUCGACUCCACGCUGCGCAGCGAGGGUCGCACCCAGCAACAGAGUAUUGCAAAUACAUCUACCCUGUACGUGUUCAUAGUACCUAUUAGACUUACUUAAGUUGACGUAUAUCUAUAAUAUAAUAAUCUCGUUAUCAGAGCGCGGCAGCCUCACAGCGCCAAUGAACAUAGUAUCAGGUAGCAGCUGAUACGAGAUUAAUCGAAUUUAUUAUUUAUUCAAUAUUAUAACUGUAAGUUAGCUACGAGUUACAUUUGUGGCCGAGCCACCUAACCUAGCAUCAAUGCGAAUGAAACGAUAACGUUCUAAAUUGUCACAAUAAAAUAAACAAGAAAACUAUAACAUAUUACAAUUUAACAUUCAUUUUCACAUCAUUUAAUCGGCAUAAAUUCGUUUAAAGUUAAUACAUAAUAAUAGAUAUUCUGAUAAAAUCGAAAUAACUUUUAUUCACAUUAGUUUUAGAAUAUGUGUACGUUACUGUCUAGUUUACGAAAUUAUUGUGCACGGUGAUACGAGAUCUCUGAAGUGAUAAAAUUUACAAGAAAUAAUUUACAACAACGAUUUUCAUGAGUUAACUCAUUUAAAAGUCACGUGAGCCAAUUUGCCAAUCACAUGGUGUCGCAUUUAAACCCUUUUAAACUCGGUCAUGAAGUUGGGCGCUCAUUCGGAGAGAUGAUACAGAAUGAAGCGAUCGUUCGACUCUCCGGGGACGGUUGCGACGUCGCCCAUCUUCUCCGCGUGCGGUCGUGACGCAUCGCGGCAAACGACGGGGAAUCAUUCAUAACUCAUACAUCGAACGGAACCAAUGGUCGGCGAAAACGAUAUCUACGUCACUAGAGAACAUUCACCCGGCGCGACGUCGAGCUCGGCCACGGCCAUCGGAGCGACGUCCGCGGAUUGAAACGCGUCACAUUAAAGCUUCGCUUACGAUACAGCUCAAUUUGUUAAUGCCUAUCUAAUUUGCAAGCUACUCGAGCUUCGUCUGUCGAAAGUCAAACGAGAGCGAACUCGACGUCCGACAGGACCUCGGCACCGUACAACGUCACUUAACUCUACGUCCAUAAAACGAUAAGUCUUACUUAGAGUCACUUUAGACAUAUGAUCCCCCGCGCCGGUGGGCGAGCGCGCACGGGCCCAGUCAUAAAGCGUAUAGGCGUAAAACGGAACAACGGCUCGGUCCGGCGUUCGGCCCACCGGCGCGAAGGUUAUUCGUCGAAACGAAACGCGUUCGACGCGAUACUCUAAAUCGUUCAAAUACAAUAUAAGUUCAGUCGUACGUUAACAUACUGUGCUUUCGAUACCGCAGUUCGAUAAUAUUUACAAUGGAGCGGCGGCGGGAGACAAUCGGUGAUAACUAACGUAUAUUCUAGACGGUGCGCGGCUCGGCUAGGUCGUGUCGCGGCGGGCGGGGGCGCCCGGCGGCGGUCAGUGCUUGUACUCGGGCAGCGCAGGCGCGGCGGCGCGCAGCGUGGCGUCGCUGCUGGUGCUGCCCCCCGGCGACGGCAGGUAGCGCCGCGCCCCCCCCGCGACACCACCCACCCCCGCGCCUCCCGCGCCCGCCCCCGCCCCGCCGGGCACGGCCUCUUCACUCGCCCACCGGGCUAACUGUUGUUGAGCUUGAAUAAAUUCAUCACUAGAAAAUGAUAAAGAAGAGGAACGGAGAGUCGUGGUGCGUGCGUUGACGGGCGGGCUCCGAGUCUUUAGGCUUCUAUUCUAUAGACCGGAGAUCGUGAGACAUUUUCUACUUAUAAGUAUUACAGAUAAUAUUUUAGUAAUUAUUAAUCGAUGUUUCUGUAUACGUAAUUAAGCCAAAAGUCCAUUGAGUAGACAUUAUUAGAAUUUAAACAAAGGUAACGCGAUCUCGUCGAGAAGAUAAUAUUAACGAGAGUAACAUUUCGUUUGUUAUGUAACAAAUAAAAUUCAUGAUAACCCUAGACUAUGGAGCUCGCCGAUCCUAUUUUGUCAUAGUGUGAUGUUAGUUGUGGGUAAGUAAUCAUGCGGAGCAAUAUCUCAGAAUAAAACUCCAUUAAAAUAUGUUAAAUGUAUAGUGGUACCACAUUUAUAGUAGGUAGUUCAUGCAACUGUCAUAUAAGAAGGGGUAUUAAAACACGAGAGUCUGUUUAUCGAUAAUAGGUUGACUAGAGUGUUUUAAUACCUAAGUUAUAUGCAGUUUCAUACACCACUUUAUCUUCACUCUAUCUAAACAAAGUAGGUAGGUUAUAAGAAAGUAAUUUUUUGGAAUCCCGAAUACAAAAACACGAACGGCAAAAAAAUGUAUGGGAAGCGCGGGAAAUUAAGUUCAAACUACGCAUUCGUGCGCCAAUUUUUUC